AUGAAGAUUCAACGGCYCUUCAUAUACCCGGUCAAGAGCCUACGACCUGUGGAAGUCACCGCUGCGGAGAUUACAAAUGAAGGGCUACGGUUCGAUCGCCAAUAUGUGCUCGCCAAACGGCCUUCUGCAGAGACUGCUGGACUUGCCGAGCACAUUACCAUCAAGAAUCACUUCUCCCUUGGCCUAUUCCACACCAUGAUCGAUGCAGCUUGGUCGAAGCUGACCAUCACCCAUGUACACGCGGAAGAACAUAGCUCCAUCACCUUGCCCCUAUCUCCGUCUCCCAUGAGCUUGUUCAAUGCGGAUGUCUAUCAGGUAUCCAUUUUCGGGACCAAGGCUCCAGGCAUCGACAUGGGAGAGGAAGUCGCCGAGUUCUUCUCUUUUCAUCUCAAGAAACCUGUACGACUACUGUACAUUGGAGGCAAUGGUCAACGAGAGAUUCCUGGCGCAGUCUUCAUGCCCAAACACAAGUACAGGGCCUUGUCUAUUGCUGUCAACGACAAACUACAGCCGCAGAGAGUACGUUUCGCAGAUGCGGCACCAUUGCUGAUCACAUCGAGUGCUUCCGAGGAAGAGGCUCGACGGCGACUGCCACCAUCGGGUCGUAAUGAAGAUGUCAUCGUCAGGUUUCGACCAAACAUCCACGUUGAUGUCGGCGAGGAGCAAAAGGCAUUCGACGAAGACAGCUGGGAUAUCUUGACCAUCAGAUCAAGAGCCGAUAGAGCACAAGAGGUGACGGUACGCUGUCUAUUCAGAACUGUGAGAUGCCUCAGUCUUAACGCAGAUCUUGCGCAUGGAACCAUGAUCACAACAAAUCGCCAACUCUACGGGCUGCUCGCCAGGGACAGGAGAGUCAAUGAGCUGUUUCCCCACAAGCCUGUGUUCGGCCAGUACGCAUGCGCUGGUCCGAGCGGAGCCGUGCUAAGAGUGGGCGACGAUGUGGAGGUGACGGGGCGGAACACUCAUCCAGUAUCUCCCGCAAGCGCUGGRUCCCCCAUCACUCCUAUCGAGAACUCGAUCGAUGACCCUGCUUGA